AUGGCGAAUACUACGGAUCGUCUCGGGUCGGUGGUCUCGUCCGAUGAAAUCUACCAGGAGCGAUGGUACUCCACGUUCAUCCAGAUCGCUAUUCCCUUCUUCCUGGCUGGCAUGGGCACCAUUUGCGCCGGUCUGUUGCUGGGCAAUGUCCAGGAUUGGAAGGUGUACCGUGAGAUAAACGAGCUCUUUGUGCUGGUUUCGGUUCUGGGAGGAUUGAAGGGAAAUCUGGACAUGUGUGUGGCGGCGAGAAUCUGCACCCAUUCCAAUCUGGGACAACUAUCGAAACGAAGUAAUGUGAUCCAGAUCGUAGUGGGUAACAUGGCCCUGGUCCAGUUACAGGCCAUCGUUUGCGCCGUAUUCCUGAGCAUUCUUACGACAUUGGUCCAUUUUGCGGUGCAGCAGGAUCAGGAGAGGUUCAAGCACUUCCCCAUCCUGACUACGUCGGCUUUGAUUACGUCCAGCAUUUCCUGCUUUGUCCUGGACUCGAUUCUGAUGAGUGUCGUGCUCUUCUCCCAGAGAUAUCGCUUCAAUCCGGAUUACAUGGCCACCCCCAUGGUGGCCUCCCUGGGCGAUGUGGUUACCAUUAGCAUGCUGUCCUUCACUGCCGCCACUAUGUAUGAGAUUCACCAGACCCAUUGGUGGGUCUGCAUCUGUCUGAUGGCCUUCUAUGUCUUCAUUAUGCUGCCAUUGUGGUUGGUUGUGGUCCUGCGGAACAGUUACGUUCGCCCGCUCCUCUUGUCCAGCUGGAUACCGGUGUUCGGAGCCCUGUGCAUCAGCGAGAUAGCCGGGAAUGUGCUCAGCUUCACCGUGGACGACUUCCGGGGAAUCGCUGUGUUCUCACCCAUCAUCAACGGGAUUGGCGGCAACCUGGUUUCAGUUCAGGCCAGCAACAUGGGCAGCAUCCUCUAUCAGCGCGCCACCCUCGGCGAAGUACCGGAGGACACGCGCACUUUGGAAUGGCCUCAUCGGGUGUUCUGUCGGGGAACAGUUUACUCCCGCGUGUCUCGCAUCCUCAUCGCCAUAUCCGUGCCGGGCAACGUGAUCCUCGUCUACGUGGCCGACUAUCUGUACGUCUCGUACGUAGCAGUGCGAUGGCCCUUUGUGGUUGGCUUUGUUAUCACCAGCCUGUGCCAGCUGCUCAUCCUGCUCUGGGUAGCCCACGUCCUGGUGCAUGUUCUUUGGCGGUGCAGGAUCGACCCAGACACGGCAGCGAUUCCCUAUCUCACAGCUCUGGGGGAUGCUCUGGGCACGAGCCUUCUGGCCAUCAUGUUCCAACUGCUGCGCUUGGCCCAGCAGGAGUAUCAGGCUAGGCAGCUGCCCUGGCUGAAGGUCAAUUACAACAGUCUGGUCGAGAAGCUUUGA